ACAACAGGACGCCACGAACAAUGGUCAACUUUUCGUGCGCCAUUUCACCAAUAUCAUCCACACACCUGCAUACUGCGUGGUAAAGGAUAAUGGACGCCAUUCGUUAAACUGCGAGGUUAAAAAUGGUUGCCUCCAGAAUAUCUCGAGUCCAUUUUUGGAUAUUUUGUGCAUUUCUCUUUAAUUUUGCCUGGAUAAGUGACGGACAGAGCUGGUAUGAUGUCAGACUAGUUGGUGGAUCCUCGGCUAACGCGGGCAGGGUAGAAAUCUACUACUUUGGAACCUGGGGCACGGUGUGCGAUGACGGGUUUGGAUAUACUGAAGCCGACAUCAUCUGUCAACAACUAGGUUACGAGUCCGCCAACACAUACUACACCAGCGCCUACUUCGGGGAGGGAUCCGGCAAUAUUUGGCUGGAUGAUGUUGACUGCACAGGGAAUGAGUACGAACUAGCAGAUUGUGAUCAUGAUGGAUGGGGCGUUCAUAAUUGCUACCACGGCGAAGAUGUCGGGGUAGAGUGUUACGUAAGUGACUAUUAUUAUGAUGAUACUGAUGUGCGCCUUUCGGAUGGUGACGUCUCAUCUGAAGGAAGAGUAGAGAUCCUCUACAACGGACAAUGGGGGACGAUCUGCGAUGAUUCCUGGGGCCGAGAAGAAGCCGACGUCGUCUGUCAGCAACUUGGUUAUUCCAGAGCCAUCGAAGCAGUAGGCAAUGCUUACUUUGGUCAAGGUAGUGGUCAGAUCUGGUUGGAUGAUGUAUCUUGUUCAGGACUAGAAGGCAGUAUCGAUGAAUGCUCACACGAUGGAUGGGGUACUCAUAACUGUCAUCAUUCGGAAGAUGCUGGAGUCAGAUGCUACGACGGUGAAGACACUGGUUCAUAUGGUUUUGGAAUUGCGGUAAUCGCUGGUAUUGCGGUGGGGUCUAUCAUAGCCCCUGCUCUACUAAUAGGCCUUGUUUACGCUGUCUGUAAGUCAUCUUCAUGUACAACGCCGGUUGAUGUUGCCCCUACGCGUCAUCCAACUUCAGCCCCCACCUAUAAUUCAUAUGAUAACCCGGGACCACAUGACGUCAUUAACAGACCUCCACCUUCAUACGAUGAGAUCAACAAACCCACAGCCUAUGCCAACCCCCAUGGGGUCCAACACCCACCCCCACCACCACCCCCGGACACGUUCAACCCCGUUGGAGGCCACACCCAUCCAGCCCCGGUUCAAUCUGGUAGUACGUACCCCAACAACGCAUGGCAAGCUCCUCCAGCAGGUGCACCUCCUUCGUCUUACCCCCCUCCCAUGGCUCCCAGUGGAACGGGGGACCAAUACAACCCCUAUGCCGAUCUACCACCUUUAGCCCAACCUGCCCCCGUACCCCAAGCUUACGUCCCUCCACCAACCCAUGUUCCGCCACCCCAACAAUUGUACUGCUUUCAAGAAAAGUUGAAAGUUGGUCAAAGUAUGCAGAAAGUUUUGCGGGCCCUCGUUUAUUGGUUCAUCUGUAACUUUAUCGUUCGCCGGGAUGCAGCUGCUAUAAGUGUACGAUUAUCUGGAAGCGGCAGUGACACAGAGGGUAGGGUUGAGGUGUUCUACGAUGGUGAAUGGGGUACUGUAUGUGACGAUCUCUGGGGUGACCGCGAGACCGCUGUGGUGUGCAGUCAGUUGGGCUUCAGAGGGGAGUCGUCUUACGUGGGAGGGGCGUUCUAUGGUCAGGGUACCGGAAGGAUCUGGCUGGACAAUGUUCAAUGUGUAGGAACUGAGAGUUCCUUGGAGGAUUGUAUUCAUCUGGGAUGGGGCAUUCACAACUGUGGCCAUUACGAGGAUGUCGGAGUUAUAUGUAGCGAAGGGACUAAUAGGGUGCGUCUGACAGGUGGAGACGUUUCAUCAGAAGGGCGCGUUGAAAUCUCCUACAACGGACAAUGGGGGACGAUCUGCGAUGAUUCCUGGGGUCAAGAAGAAGCCGACGUCGUCUGUCAACAACUUGGUUAUUCCAGAGCCGUCGAAGCAGUAGGCAAUGCUCACUUUGGUGAAGGUAGUGGUCAGAUCUGGCUGGAUGACCUAUCUUGUUCAGGACUAGAAGAUGCUAUCGGAGAUUGUCAUCAUGGCGGGUGGGGCUCCCAUGACUGCGUUCAUAGCCAGGAUGCAGGAGUGGUAUGCUACGAUGGCGCUGACUCAGGGACUGAUACGGUGCGUCUAAUAGGAGGAAGCAGCUCAUCAGAAGGGCGUGUUGAAAUCUUCUACAACGGACAAUGGGGGACGAUCUGCGAUGAUUCCUGGGGCCAAGAAGAAGCCAACGUAGUCUGUCAUCAACUUGGUUAUUCCAGAGCCAUCGAAGCAGUAGGAAAUGCUCACUUUGGUCAAGGCAGUGGUCAGAUCUGGCUGGAUGACCUAUCUUGUUCAGGACUAGAAGGUGAUAUCGAAGAUUGCCAUCAUGGCGGGUGGGGCUCUCAUAACUGUGUUCAUAGCGAGGAUGCUGGAGUAAGAUGUUAUAACGAUGGACCUAAUGAAGGCGAGGUGAGAUUAGUCGGUGGAUCUUCCAGCCAUGAGGGUAGAGUUGAGAUCUACAAAUAUUCGGAAUGGGGUACUAUCUGUGAUGAUGGCUGGGACAUCGAGGACGGGAUCACAGUGUGCCAACAACUGGGGUACAGUUCGGCCAUAUCGGUUCACCCCGAGGCAUACUUUGGUAGUGGAUCAGGAGUGAUCUGGCUCCAUGAUGUAGACUGUACUGGAUCAGAACCUAGACUGGAUGAAUGUACCCACAGUGGAUGGGGAGGUGGUGACUGCACUCACGAGCAGGAUGCUGGGGUUCGUUGUACACCGGGGAUAGCCGAGAACAGCCUUCGUUUGACUGAUGGCCAUGGCAUAUCAUCAGGUCGUGUAGAGAUAUACCACGGCGGUGAAUGGGGUACUGUGUGUGAUGAUGGCUGGGAUCUACCUCAGGCAAGGAUCGUAUGUCGUCAGUUAGGGUUCCCUGGAGCGGUCAGCUCCCACAGUGAAGCACACUUCGGUGAAGGUACGGAUCAGAUCUGGCUUGAUAACGUGGAUUGUAUAGGAACAGAAAGCCGACUCUCUGGUUGUCGUCAUAAUGGAUGGGGUAGCCAUAAUUGCCAUCAUGGUGAAGAUGCUGGUGUCACGUGCCAGGAAGCUGCUGAAGGAAACACAAAAGGAGCUGUCGCCUUGGUAAACAGCCAAGGUCGAAACUGGUACGGACGUGUUCAGAUCUACUACAACAACACAUGGGGAACAGUAUGCGACACCCUUUGGAGUCUGAACGAAGCCAGGGUAGUGUGUAACUCACUGGGUUUCGAUGACGUCGACAAGUGGAAGAUGAGUGCCGAACCUACCGAAGGUCCUAUAUGGUUGGACAACGUUCACUGCGAUGGCACAGAAAGUUCAUUGGUCUAUUGCACCCAUGCAGGAUGGGGUGUCCAUCGCUGUGACCACACCCAAGAUGUCGCAAUCAGCUGUUACAAUUACAGCCAUUUUAAAACGGGUCAUAUCGUCGGGAUCCUUGGAGGGACCGUUUUCCUCGUUGUCCUGGGCCAAUAUAUCAAAGCUGCCUACCAAAAAAGCCGAUGCUGUAACCAUUCCUCGACUUCCACAACACCAGUCUCUGCUCCCCCACCCUCAUCCAAUCAUCACCGGGUGACACGAGAUGACGGUCCUGGUUUCAGUGGCAAUUAUUUCUCUCGUCCAGACACCGCUCCCCCAUCCUACGACUCCAUCUUUAAAUACUCCACCUAUCAUCCACCUCCACCACCGGAUCCUGCCGUAUUCUCUCCAGAGGGCGGCACGCGUUCCCCUCCACCACCAUACUUGCCCCCAUCGUCCACCGCUGCAGAAUCUCUCGCGAGUGGUUCGACGAACUAUUAUCCGCAUUCAGAUUCUGCUCCCGACAGGGGCUUGACUCCUGUAAACGGAUAGUAUUCUACAAAAAUUCGAAUAUUGUUAGACUUCAACGGACUUCCGUCAAGUAUGAAAUAGGGUUACGCAAUUAGUUUAUUGAAAUAUGUGUUUAUUUGUAGAGUAGGCGGGGUCAGACCCCAGGGGCCAGACUCGUCAAGGAAUUUCUGAAGAUACCAAGCGCAAGCACUUGCACAAAAGUGACAGCUGCCGAUAUUAUGUACCUUUUCGGAAAGGAAUAUCAUUUGUGGUCUAAAAAAAAAUAGAGCCAAUUUGAAUAGUAAUUUUUGAAUGGAGAAUCAAAAUCUCAUAUUUUCGGCCAGGGCAUCAAAGGAAGAUUUUACUAUCGAGGAUCAUUCCAGAAAGUGAUUUUCACAAUUGAUGACGAUGCUUCAUCAUGACAUCCACACCAAGGAAUAAAUCAAAAUCAGAAUCAAGUGCCUAAUACGUUUAAACAUAUCCUUACAUCUACAUCAGGUGAAAUCCAAAGUAAACAUUAUUCUUUGGUGAGUUGCAUUUAAGUUUAUAGAACGUUUUCAUGCAAAGAUGAAUGUUGCUUUUGCAUAGCUUUAAUGUUCAUUAUUUGUGUUUUUGUUAUAUAGAUCAAAUGAAUAAAACUUUUUAUAGGCCAACAUACAGUGGACGUUCCACAGCCUGUGACACAAUAAGUAAUUUCUUCCCUAUAUAAGCCUUCGGGAAUUGUUUUAUUUAGUUGUUUGUUUUUUAUUCAAUUUAAACAUGAAUAAUGGAAUAACACCCUUCAGGUUUUCUUGACUUAAAUACUAAAGGUGUAAUUAUUAAGUCUCUGAUUUUUUCACUAUUUUAUUUGUCAAAUAUCAGUUUGCCUGUAGUUGCCGAAGGUCUAAUGUAUAAAAGGAGUUGGCAAUGGUUUUGCUUAUUAUAGCACAUACACAAUAUUAUUUGCGUGUUCCGCAAAAAUAUAUAUAUUUUUUACAUUAUCAUGAACCUAUUUUACAUAAAUCAGAGGAAGAUGUAACUAUCAUGACUAUGAUUGAUAAAUAAAACAAUUACAUCCCCAGUUGAAUGGGAGUCAAAUCACUUAAUUUUUUGGCUCCCAGACUACCUAGAUUUUAGUAUUCGUUGUAAAUUAUGCAUAUACAUGUAUUUUGCAAAUAAAUAUAUUAAAUU